CUGUCCCUGUGGGGCGGGCCGGGCCGGGCCGUUCCAGCCGCUCCCGGAGCGGACGUGACGCGCGGGCCGCUCCGAGGCCGCCCCGCAGCGAUGGAGGCGCGGGAGCCGCUGCGGGACGUGCGCGGGGCGCUGCGGGCGGUGCUGGCGCGGCUGCGAGAGGGAGAGCCGGGCGAGGGCCGAGAGCCGUUCGAGCUGCCGCGCUUCUGGGACGCGCUAGGUCAGACAUUCCAAGUAACAUCACAGGAAGCUACAAAGCUGAGUCUGGCAUUCUCAAGGCCUCCACUACCUUCUGCAGAGGAUUGUCAGAAGCUGAGUGAGGAUGUCCAAAAUGCCAUUCUUGCAGUUGCCACCGUGUACUACUGGCUACCCAAGGGCCAAGGUACAACUCUUCGGAAGAUGGUUCGAGAUGCUACCACUGAAGUAGUGGAAGGGAUGAUCCAGCUCACAGACACAAUUCUCAAUGCUCCAGUGGAGAGCUUGUCUCAGGAACAGCUGAUAUCAACUGGAGGUGUGUGGGAGGCCUGUGAGCAAGUGUCUAACCUGCCACGAGAUAACCAGGCAGCAGUUGUGUCGGCUCUGGCAGCAUGUCUAGGUGUGGUCAAGGAUGCUGUGGAGGAGAUGGAACAUGCACUGGUGGAAGGGCAGGAUCCCUAUGGGGACAUCAUGGAAGAUGAAGAGCUGGGCUUUCGGGGCAACAGAGACACAUACUGGUCAGAGGCUGACCGGCAGCUGCUCAGCUCCUGCAUGGGAUUAAUGAAGGCUUCUAAAGCUUGCCUGAAGAAAGUCUUGGCUGCAGUGAAGGCCCAUGGCAAAGCUGAUUCUCCAGAGCAGAUUGCACAGCUGGAUGACCUGGCAGACAUUGCUAAUGAGAUCAGCCCAAGUGUUGAUGAGCUGGCACUGAGCAUGUACCCACCUGUGAACCCAUUGGCUGUGCGACUUAAUGCUGCUAAGUUGGCCUCAGUAUUAAAGAAAGUCUUAGAGAUUGCAAAGUGAGACAAGCCAUGUAUGUCCAGCAUCAGAGGAAGGCUGGGUGCAGUUUCUAACUGGUGCAGUAGAUCACAACAUGAACAAAGUUAAGAACUUCACACAGGAUCAACUUUAACUCUUGUGUGCCUAUGUGUGUUGCUGCCACUGGCUCUGGCAUCUGCAUUUCCAGUGAACUUUGCUGUUCUUCAGCUGCAUGGAAAAUGAUGAGAACAAUAUAGGAGAGAACUUCACUGCCACUUGGAAGAACUUCUCCAGGAAGUUGCCCUUUGCCUUUGCAGAAGGUGUCAUUUUGCUUGGAUUCUUGGGAUGAUGCAAUGCUGCAUCUUAACGUGCCCCAUUCUUCAGACAUUACAACUACUGUGGGGUUCAGAGAAAAAUAAAAUAUUGCUAGAUUUACAUUAGUUGCUUUAUCUGUCUUCAGAGGGCAAAGGAUAUAUACAGGAUGAAAGGGUCUUGCUUCUUUUACAGGCAGCCCAGUGAAUAAUUAUAAAAUGUGCUGCACUUCUGCUAUUUUCUGUCUAACCUUAGGGAGCAGUGGACGAGCUUCCUCUUUUUUAUUUUCUCAGAAAGCAGCAGAAAAUAUUGUUUACUACCUUACCAAUAUCAAAGAUUUAUGGAGGGAUAUAUCCCCCUAUAUAUAUAUAUAUAUAUAUAUGUAUAUGUAUAUCCCUAGAGGCAUGCUACAUCUAUCAUCACUUUAAAGUUCCAGGAUACCCUUUACUUUGUCACAGGUGUAGGGCAAGCACA